UCCUUAUCGCAGAUUUUUGAACGUCCAGAUCCCGAUAUGCUAACAGGGCUCGUCCCAGCAAUUGGUCAACCUGAUGGUGAUGGUGAUGGUGAUGCCACGAGGCUCCCGUUGCUUGCUGUGCAAGCCAACUUGUUCGAGUGUGGAGGAAUGGCAAUAGGGUUGAAUUUCUCACAUAGGGUUGUUGAUGGCACCACAUCUAGCGCCUUCAUCAGUUGUUGGGCCAAAACAGCCCUUGAUGAUUGUCACGAUGAUCAGGCACCCUUCAUGGUCCCAAAAUUUGAUGCUGCAUCUUAUUUUCCACCAUUAGAUUUCUUAAACUCAUCACAGCCAUCACCACCCAAUCUGGUGGGCAUCAAGUACAUAACAAAGAGGUUUGUGUUUGAUGCCUCAAGGAUUGCCACCCUCCAAUCACAUUUGUCCAUUGCAACGGCACCUCAUGCACCGACACGUGUCCUCGUAGUUUCAGCACUCAUUUGGAAAUGUGCUAUGGAAGCAUCAUCCAAAUCAUCAAACAUACCAUUGGGGUCAAGACCAUCUUCGUUCAAAAUGGCUAUGGACUUGCGCAGACGAUUUGAGCCACCCUUCCCACAAAACUUGGGUGGGAACGUUGUUGCUAAUUUAGUAGUCGUCGCUACACCAUCGUUAUUAAAAGGUCAAGAAGAGAAUGACGAUGAGACCAUAGAUCUAAAAGACUUGGUUGCCAAACUCAGGAAAGGGCUUGAACAGCAGAAAGAAACUUAUCCUACAAAACUACCAUUUGAUUCUAUUAAGGCAUGGCAAUGGGAUCAGGAAUGUCAAAAGUUGACAGGGAAUGUUGACAUGUACCAUUUAUGCCCUGGAAGUUGGUGUAGGUUUCCUUUUUAUGAAGCUAAUUUCGGAUUGGGAAAGCCGGCAUGGGUGAGCAUUCCUAGUAUUGGACUUAAGGAUUUGGUCAUUUUGAUUGAUAAAAGAGAUGGCAAGGGAAUAGAAGCAAUGUUGAGUGUUAGUGAAGAGAUCAUGGAGCAUUUUGAAAGCAACCCGGAGCUGCUUAAAUAUGCUUCUGUAAAUCCAAAGGUCAUGUAGCACUAAGU